AGAUCAAAUAUGGUUACAAGUUAGAGAUUUUACACUCCCAUGCUGACCACAGAGCCCAUAUGUAUUUCGUAAGAAGCAGACCUGGUUGUGAUGUAUGAAUCAACUUCGACUUGAUGGAAAUUCGCACUUCCUCUCCACAUGCUGUAAGUAACUGGGUGGGUGAAGUGAACACAAACGACAGGUUUAGAUUUCUGUUUUGUUCUAAAGUGGGAGUUUGUCCUUAUUUUUUCGAGCAGAAGAGUUGAUAAAUGAGUUGGAAAGGGCAGGAAACACCAGGAGACAUAAAGAGGGUUGGGGGUUAGUCGAGAGAGAGAGAGAGAGAGAGAGAGAGAGAGAGGGGGUUGCGCAGAGAGGAGGGGAAGACCUGUUACUGCUGUGCCAACUGCGCGCUUUCACAAGCGCACGGAAAUCUUAUCUGCGCGAAUUAAAAUAUCAAUAUCCUGAUUCUUUUUCAUAUAAGAUAUCAUGCAACAAAAUGGUUUUAUUUUAGUAUUUUGAAGUGAAAGACCAUCCUAUUUUGAAUAAGCAUUAUCUUUUGACAUAAGGAACUUGCGUCUCCAUGCGCUUUUUUCCAUAAACCGUUACCAUUUCUGACAUUUAACACGAUUUAAAUGUUUUGAGACUUGAACCGCGAGCAUGUGGACGUUACCGAGAACCCGGUUCGCGCACUGUAAUGGGUCGUCGAGCAGUGAUGAGAGAGAAAUUGCCGUUAAUAUCGGCGGCGUGCGGCUGGUGCUGUGCGGGGAGCUUCUGAACCGCUAUCCGGAGAGCAGGCUCGCUGAACUCGUCAACUGUUCACCUCGGAGUUUUGAUGUGAUUUCAUCGCUUUGCGAUGAUUACGACACUGGGAAAAGAGAAUUCUACUUUGACAGAGACCCCGACUCGUUUAAAUGCAUCGUAGAAGUGUACUACUUUGGCGAGAUCCAUAUGAAGCGAGGAAUCUGCCCUAUUUGUUUCAUCAAAGAAAUGGAGUUUUGGAAGAUCGACUUGAGCUACUUGGACGAAUGCUGCAAGAGUAACUUGAACGAGAAGGAGGAAGAAUUGGCGGAGAUUGCGGACAAGGUGAAAAUGAUCUUGGAUGAUCUGGACUGUGACCCUGCCGUGAGCCGCACGGAGAGGUGGCAGAAGUUCACCUGGAAGCUCAUGGAGAAACCGGAGUCCUCGCUUCCCGCACGCGUAAUUGCCGUCGUGUCUUUUCUAUUCAUUCUAGUGUCAUCUUUUGUAAUGUGUCUCGGGACUAUACCGGACCUUCAAGUGGAGGACUCUGAAGGGAACCGUGUUGAACAUCCCACCCUGGACGCUAUUGAAACGGCAUGCAUCGGUUGGUUCACGGUGGAAUACGUGCUGCGCUUCGCAUCAUCCCCUAAUAAGGUGCGCUUUGCUCUCUCCUUCAUGAAUAUUAUAGACUUCAUGGCCAUCUUGCCGUUUUACGUAGUGUUGAUUCUCACGUACCUCGGCACGGCCAUGAUGGAGCUGGCCAACGUGCAACAGGCGGUGCAGGCGCUCCGCAUCAUGCGCAUUGCGCGGAUCUUCAAGCUGGCGCGCCAUUCAUCUGGCCUGCAAACUCUAACCUACGCGCUGAAACGAAGCUUCAAAGAGUUAGGUCUGCUACUCAUGUAUAUGGGAGUAGGUAUUUUUGUGUUCUCCGCGCUCGGGUACACCAUGGAACAGAGCCACCCGGAGACGCUCUUCAGAAGCAUCCCACAAUCAUUCUGGUGGGCCAUCAUCACCAUGACCACCGUCGGCUAUGGGGAUAUCUACCCAAAGACCACUCUGGGCAGAUGCAACGCGGCCAUCAGCUUUCUGUGCGGUGUGAUCGCCAUUGCGCUUCCCAUACACCCCAUCAUCAACAAUUUCGUAAUCUAUUACAACAAACAGAAAGUGCUCGAGACCGCCGCCAAGCACGAGCUUGAACUCAUGGAGCUGAGGUCGCUCGAGCUCGCCAUGAAAAGCACCUCGCGCAGGUGUGACGCGUCCGGGAGAGCGUGGGAAGGUGCCAUGCGCGCGUCGCGUAGCGAUACAUUCAUUCCUCUUCUUUCGGGAGCGCAAAGGACUGAGAGGGAGUCAGUGAAGAAAAAAAGUCUGUCUUAAGACGAAUAUUGAAAGAAACUCGAAAAGCACUUUGUUUUAUAAGAGCGUUAUUAAUGUUCAUUGUGCGCUAUUAACGGCUGUGCUGCCUCGUCCAAAGAGAGGUGCUGUUUUCACUGACUGGACGUCAUUUUAUUGAUGAGUGGAAAAAUCUCUUCAAAGUGAUCUUUAAUUGUGUCUUUAAUUAAAUAAAGUGCAUGUUAAACUCAAUAUGUCUAUAGUUUGGUUGCAGGAAGCUCUCAACAAAUGAAGAACAUUGCAGUCAAAGGCUCUUAAAAGUGCUUUUUCUGCUUUACCAUAUUAUAAUCUGAAAGGUUUUGCCACUACAAAGAACCUUUUGUGCAACAGAAAUAAUAAGAAAAUACACUCUGAAAAAUACCUUUAGGAAGCUGAAUCUGUCUGAUCAACUUGCUGAUUUUGUCUUGUUAAAUGUUAUAACAUUUUUUACAAAAUCCCACACAAUAUUUCAAAUUCCUUGUUCAACCUCUUUACUUCUCUUUGAGUUAAGUUGAAUACAGAGCUACAGGUGCCUCUCUCUCUCUCUCUCUCUCUCUCUCUCUCUCUCUCUGUGUGUGUGUUAACUCCCCCACAAACACUAUUUGCCUUCCUUACUUCUUCACCAUCUUGCUUCACAUCUUUGAAAUUCUGUUUCAUGUUGUUCCUGACUCAACAAUCCAGCACAGAGAUAAAAACAAAUGACUCACUGAAUCCACCCGAACAUGCAGGAAUUUUAUAAAGAGCCACUGGGGUCUAAGAAUAGGAACCUCAGCACGAUGUGGGCUGGUGUCAGUCAUGAGAAGUGAUACAGAGCGUGUUAUAGAGAGAAUCUGUGUCUGGUUUAUGUAGAGCAGCAUUUGAACAUGCCUGCACAGUGGGGGCUUCUCGCACACACCCUCGAAACACUCAGACAAGAUUGCGGCCCUGGCACCCGAAAACAUGGUGAUUUAUUACUUGUGUUUGUUGCUUUUAGACAUCCUUUUAAAUAAGGUUUAUACUGAAUAUCAUAAGUGCACGUUGGAAUCUUUAUGAUUGCACUGUAAGUUCUUAAAUUCUAGUGCCAUGACACUGGACUUUACAUUUAUUUAAAAUAAUUAUUAUACUCAAUAGUAUUAUUUCAGAAGUGUGUUGUGAUGUCACACACAGGCCCAUGUGUACUGCAUGCCUGUAAUUGAGCCCACCUGUGUGGGGUGUGUGGUUUGAUGUCAUCUGCUUGGGUAUUUUUCCAGUACUGUCCAUUCUGCCAAUCAAAUCUCUCGGGCCCUCAUCACCAUGGGAACAAAGAGGGCUAUAGUUACUGUUCUCAGAACCUCUAAGCGAAUUAACUCUGAUCUUCAGUCUUAAAUUAAGUCACCAAAUUUUGGUCAUGUGUGGAACUGUGUGGUGUGUAUGGUGACCUGGUAGAUUUGUGAGCAAGAAAGCACGUAGGAAUAUAAUAAGAGUAGGUCAUAAUGAAAUCUUGAAAUGUCAUAACAAUAUCUGUUGUGAAUAUUGUUAGUUAUGCUUAACAAGAAAUUGCUCUUUGUGAGGGCGACUCUAUAUAAAUAUGCUAUAUCAGAUAAUCAUGAACGACUUGACAUUUAAAGUGAUAGUUCACCCAAAAAUGAAAAUUCUGUCAUUGUUUACUCACCCUCUUGUUAUUUCAAAUCUUUGACUUAUUUUCUUCCGCAGAACACAAAAGAUAUUUUGAAGAAAGUUAGUAACCGAACAACACUAGACCCCAUUCACUUCUAUUGUACAGUAUGUGUAAAAUUAAAAUUCCAGUUAACAACAUUCUUCAAACUAUCUUCUUUUGUGUUCUGCAGAAGAAAGAAAGCCAUACAGGUUUGAAGUGAGAAGAGGGUGAGUGUGAUGACAGAUUUUUUAUUUUUUUAACAGUCAAAAGUAGGACGAAUCUUGUAAGAUCAUGUAAGUGUGUACAAUUCAAAAAAAAUUAUUUGCAUUUUGUAUUGUCGUCUCAGUAAAAAAUACCCCUACAUUUGCAAUUACAAUUAUUCAUUUAGCAGAUGAUCACUGAAAAAAAUUUCUUCAUCUUUUUUUUGUCACAGCAAAAAUAUAAACAACAAAUUUACGUUUAUUAAUUUAUUCAUCACAAUUUUAUCCAAAA